UUUUUGAAAGAUUUGGAUGUACAAGCACUUCCCGAAUUUGACUGAUGCUUUGUCUACUUUUUGAAAGAUUUGGAUGCUCUCCCACCCGUAUGCUGCCUCUUGGAUAAGAGAGGUGUGCAGGAGGGUGCCUCUGUCGGCCUCCCGCAUAGCUUGGCGGGUCUUACCCGUCAGUGAGGUGAUUUGGCGUCCUUUUGCUGACGCGCCUAUACCUGUUUCGGCCGCUCGGGCCCAUUUCUUGUCUUUGCGGCGGGUCUUGCUCCCGGGCGUGUAUCACCAUAUGUGGUACUUGGGGGAGCGCGUGUCCCUUCAGCACAGUACGGGGGACAGGCUUGUCCCUAAGGACCCACCGCGGUCCAUGUUGGUUCCAGGCGAUGAACUCGCCCAGCUCUAUUUGACUGCUAGGGGUGAUGCUGUUUGUCUCCCUUGGGAGAACUUUGUAGAUAGGAGGGGCCGUUUUGAGGACCUUCUGGGGAGGCUUGCUCCACCUGUACGCUUCGUACUGCCGGAGGAGGAGGUUGAUCCUGAGGACAUUCCCUUUGCUGAUAGGGUCAUCCGAUAUGAGAACUCAGGCGGGGAACAGGUGGAGGUGACCAUUCUUGUAGCUUCUCCUCCGCACCGGAGAUCGUAUGAUGCUGUACCCGAACAUUAUGCAGCUGCACCUUGGGUGGGAGAGCAUCGCUGGAUGCUUAUGAUUGAUUCUUUGAAGAGGCAUUGUGCCAAGCUGACCCAGAAGCUUUCUGGCCGGGACGGAGAGAAGCGUCGUCGAGGUCGCAGAGGUUCCGUCGACAGGGAGCCCCAAGCGGAGACUUCGUUGAGGCAGGAAGGACCAAGCUUGGAUCUGAGACAGGGGUCCCGUGCUGGUACUUUUCAGAGGCAUUCUGAUGCUGAUAGGGGAGCUGCCCCUUUGUAUAUGCUGAUCCCACCAGGCAUUCUUUUGGGGGUGCGAGCAGUUCGAGGCCUUUUGUUCCUCCUCCUGGUUACAACUUCGGAGGGAGCGGUCCUCAGCCUUAGGGUGCGGAUGCUUGGGUUUACUGGUCGGAGGUGGAGAGGAUGCGUCAGGCUCAGAUGUUUGGGGCACCGCACCAGUUCAUGGCGAUGCUGGCGCCUUAUCAGUACCCUUCCCCUCAGUAGGGAGUUUGUCCUUCUCCUGGCACUCUUCGUAUCUCGGAGCAGGAGCCUGGUACCCCUGGGACAGAGCUGGAUCGGGAUCUGGAGCGUUACCGGAGCCGCAACAGGAGUAAAGAGACUGUGGUUGACAUUACGGCUGAUGAUGACUCCGACUGAUCCUGCAUGGUAGUGAAUUCCAGCUUGCGUUGGUUUGAUUUUUUGUAUGGAUGGUAUUUGUAUGGAUUUGUACGGUUUGGAACUUGAAUUUUGUAUGGUUGUAUGGUUUUGACCUUGAAUUGGUUUGGAAUUUUGAAGAUUGGUUUU